UACACGUAUGAUUUUUUUUUUUGACAUAAAGUUACUCGCAUUUUGAACCUUUUCAUUAAAUUAAACUUAAGAAAACUUGCUUUAUGGUCUCAGGUUCGAAACCCGCUAGGCACAAAUUACUUAUUAAAAAAAAAAAAUUGUAUAGUCGAGCAUUAGCUGGCUUUGCCUUGCCAGUAUAAAACAUGGGCUCUCGAUUAUGGUUUCUCGAAGCAGUGUAGUACAUUUUAGAAUCAAUCUUUUUCAUUUUUGCACCUCCCUCCCCACCAGAUAGAUGGAGUUUAGUUCUGCACAGUGUGCACCCUCCCACAAACAAAAAAUGUACCCGCCGACGACCACUCGCCGCAGCUCCGGCAACAACGCCGCCGAAAUUAAACACGAUUGGAUCUCCGAAGCAGUAAACGGUGGUUCCCUCCGCCACGUGGACCUUAACACCGGAACAAACGGCUGGGCCUCACCUCCCGGCGACCUCUUCUCCCUCCGCUCCAACAAUUACUUCACAAAAAGACAAAAAUCCCCCGCUGGAGAAUAUCUCCUCACCCCCGCCGGCAUGGACUGGCUCAAAUCCACCACCAAACUCGACAACGUACUCGCACGCGCCGAUAACCGUAUCUCAAACGCGCUAAGAAAAUCACAAGCUCAAAAUCAAUCCCUUAAGAGCUUCAUCUUCGCGGUAAACCUUCAGAUUCCCGGCGGGAAGGAGCAUCACAGUGCAGUGUUCUACUUCGCAACAAACGAACCGAUCCAAACCGGUUCACUCCUCUACAGAUUCGUAAACGGCGACGACUCGUUCAGAAACCAACGGUUCAAGCUAGUGAACCGGAUCGUGAAAGGACCGUGGAUCGUGAAAAAAACCGUCGGUAACCAUAGCGCGUGUUUGUUAGGAAAAGCAUUAACAUGCAAUUACCAUAGAGGAUCGAAUUACUUGGAAAUUGACGUUGAUAUUGGAAGCAGCGCAAUCGCAAACGCGAUUCUUCACCUUGCGCUGGGUUAUGUAACUUCUGUUACGAUUGAUAUGGGGUUUGUUGUGGAAGCGCAGACGGAGGAUGAGUUGCCGGAGCGUUUGAUCGGUGCUGUUAGGGUUUGUCAAAUGGAGAUGUCGUCGGCUACAGUUGUUGUAGAUUCGUUGCACGCACCGGUGUCAGUGGCGCGUGGAAUUGGGUUGGCGAAGGUUAAUCACCAUAAGUCUGAAGACGACGACGAAUCCAAUCUACUUCUACUAUCUACCCAAUACUAUAGUAUUGGCCAAACUCCCCAUUUUACCCUUCUACAUAAUUUACUUUACCCUUGCAAAAGGUUAUUGAAGUAAUUAACAAAUUGAAAAUUUGCACUUGCCAUGUGUUGUUUGCUCAUUCGUCUACUUUUACAAUUGUCUACUUGCUUUUCUCACUCUUCAUUUUCAUUGUCCUCACUCUUUCUUUCUUAACUUUUCAUUUCCAAGAACACAGAGCUCCUCCUUUGCUCUCAAUUGCAGGUCUCCGUCCCCUCAUUCUUCAUUCUUUUCUCUCUUCCUCUCUCCCAAUAAUAAACCUACCCAGACAUUCAAGAGCCAAUCACCAUUUUUAUCGCACCAAAACUAGAAAAAUGGAGAAUCCCAAAAACACCUUCCAAGAUUCAUAUACUUUACCCACAACUAUCAAGACCCUCAAACAAAAAUUCCAGAUCUUCAUCCUAUUUCCAGAUCUCCAUCGCAACCAACCCAAAUUAUUGUUUGUAUUAUUGUUAUUAACUUCUCUCAAUCUAUAAUAUAUAUAUAUAU